AUGUUUCCGAACUCAUCCAAUUCGGAAUUCUCCAACGAUAAGUCGGUAUCAAACAGUCUGGGAGGCGUGGCCGUGCUUGCACUACUUGACGUGACCGCCCUGUUUCUGCUCAUGUCCUUCAAAGGCGGUAAAGCACCACCUGGUGAGGUGGGCGAUCCUCGACUGCCUUUCACGAGCCCAAAGGAAAAUGUCCUAGUGGGACUGCGAAGGAAGCCAGGCCUUGUCGAAACAGGCGGCGGCGGCGCGGGGAUAUCGUUGAACGGUCUUGACCCAGCACCUCCUUGGACGUUCUUGUCCGACCUUGUGUCAACGGAAGAGGGAUUUGUCGACGAAGUACUGAGGCGGGCGGACGAUGCGGCACUGUCGUUAGGCGCGGUUGAGUGGGAUCGUUCAGUACCACCACUUCCCCUAGACACUAUUGUCAGUCCUUUACCCUUCAUAUGGUCGACCGUGGUUGUAUUCUUCGCGUACCGGUUGCUUGCAUCAGGGCGGCCCACUCCAAAUAAAUCUACCUCCUCGUGGUCGCGUCGAUCUUUCGGUGGUGGCAAUGGUGCUCCUCCAAGAGAUGCCAUCUUCAAAUGUUUGCCGCCAUCAAAUGAUUUUCCGCUACUCUGUGGCCUUUCCAAAACUCGGAAGGAAGCCUCCCCAGGCGGGUUGCGCACCUCGUCCAAGGCAUGGCCUGAAGAUUUCCGUCGUUGA